AUGGGAAAGGAUACCUUUACUCUCGCCGGCCGCGAGUGGCCUCGUGUCACUUGGUGGAAGAUGAAGGGCAUGCGUAGUGUCUAUCUGACUCUAUGGGCUGCCAUGAUUACCUCCGCUACCAACGGUUACGAUGGAUCGCUGAUGAACGGUCUUCAGUCGAUGGAUUCCUGGAACGAAUCCUACAACUACCCUACAGGUAGCACUUUGGGUAUUCUUGCUUGCUCCAUGUCAAUUGGUUCCCUUAUUUCGAUUCCAGUGGUGCCAUACGUCGCCGAUCUUCUUGGACGACGUGCUGGUGUGGUCGUGGGAUGCGUGAUCAUGCUUUUCGGUGUCGCCAUGGUCUCCAUUGGCUAUAAGAUUGCCUUAUUCGUCGUUGGUCGAAUGAUUCUCGGCUUCGGUCUCGGAAUUGCUCAGGAAUGCUCUCCUCUUCUCGUCACUGAGUUGGUGCACCCCCAGCACCGUGCGAUCUACUCGUCCAUCUACAACAGUUUGUGGUAUAUUGGAUCCCUCAUUGGAGCUUGUGUUGCUCUGGGAACCAAUCACAUUGGUGGCAGCGCAUGGUCGUGGCGUGUCCCUUGUCUUCUCCAGGCUGUCCCGUCUUUGUGUCAGCUGGUCUUCAUCUGGACCGUCCCUGAGUCGCCGCGUUGGCUCAUCUCCAAGGGACAAUUGGAGAAGGCAAAGAAGAUCUUGGCCGAUGUGCAUGCGCAGGGUGAUCUCGAUGAUGAACUGAUCAACAUUGAAUUUGACGAGAUCCAACAAACAAUUCAAUUGGAGAACGAGUACGAGGGCAACAGCUGGCUCGAGUUCUUUGCUACCCCGGGUAACCGUCAUCGUACGAUCAUUCUGGUCACCAUUGGCUUCUUCUCCCAGUGGUCUGGAAAUGGAAUUAUCUCCUACUUCCUCCCUCAGGUCCUGAAAAUGAUUGGCAUUGGUGACUCUAACACCCAGCUCACCAUCAAUUUGAUCUUGAGCGCAGUGAACGUCGUCUCCGCUACCGGAAUUUGCUUCUUCGUCGAUUACUUUGGUCGUCGUAAGCUGUUCCUGACAUCCAGUUUCAGCAUGCUCGCGUGCUACGUCGCCAUGACCAUUGCCCUGGCUCGCUUCCUCAUUGCAAAGGAAGGUGGCGUGAAGGACAACAGUGCGGCGAACACCGUCAUCGCCUUCAUGUUCCUCUUCUACAUUGCCUACAACAUCGGUUACAGUGGUCUCCUAGUCUCAUAUUCCUCUGAGAUUUUGCCAUACCGUCUCCGCGCCAAGGGUCUCACCAUCAUGUUCUUCUGCGUUGACCUCAGUCUCUGGUUCAACCAAUACGUGAACCCCGUUGCCUUGGACGCCAUCGCAUGGAAGUACUACAUUGUCUACGAUCUCUUCCUGGUCUUCGAGAUCUUCAUCGUCUGGAAGUUCUACGUCGAGACCAAGGAAAUUCCUCUGGAGGAGAUCGUCAGGAAAUUCGAUGGCGAGCGAGCCGUUCUUGGCGGUGCUCUGGCUACCGAGAAGGUUCAGGCGCUUUCUGGCACCGUCGGCCGGUCUGCAAGCGCCGACGGUGGUGAGAAGGCGACCAUUACUCAGCAUGAGCUUUGA